AUGAAAACAAUCAAAUGCACUGUUCUUGGCGAUGGUGGUGUUGGAAAGACAUCUCUAAUUGUCACAUACACAACAGAUGUAUUCCCAGAUGAAUAUAUACCAACAUGCAUUAUUGACUUCAGUAAAAUAGUCUUAAUUGAAAAGACACCUGUCGAUUUAAAGUUGUGUGACUUUGCAAAGUAUACAGACUAUGACAGAAUAAACCGACUCAUAUAUCAAAAUACAGACGUGUUUGUACUGUGCUUUUCGUUGGUAUCACACACAUCACUCGACAACAUAGUCACAAAGUGGAAACCAGAAGUUGCUUACAACUUCCCAAACGUGCCAUGUCUGCUUGUUGGUACAAAACUUGAUUUAAAAUAUGACAAGAACACCAUCAACAAACUCACUACAAAAGCAACACAUGUAAUAACAACAGAAGAAGGGUUGGAUGCUGCAAAAAGUAUUGGAGCUUACAGAUACAUUGAAUGCUCUGCUUUGAGUCAAGUAAACUUGGAAAAUGUGUUUAAUGAAGCAAUCAAAAUAGUCUUGGCUCAAAAAAGUAACAACUAA